AUGCUUUCUCUCUUGAUCUCGUUUGCUCAGACCCAGGCGAAUGAGCACCCUAUCCGGUUCAUAGUCAUUGUACUUCUCUUGUUGCCAUUGUCAUACUUUGUGGCCAACGAGCACGUACGAAAAAAGGCAAGGAUUCCAGGAUUCGAUGGACCGCCAGGAGCAUUAGUCUUUGGCAACAUUCCGGAUAUCAAAUACAAUGCUGCCGAGAAGGUUGUGUUCCAACAAGAUCGCCUAGGAAACAUUCCUGUCAUUGUCUGCAACUCGGCCGAGGCCUGUCGUGUUCUGUUUGGGCAUUAUUCACAGGCUCUCAGCUCGAGACCGGUGUUCUAUACUUUCCACAAGGCAUGUAUCAAUAUGGACGAGGUGUCUGACUUUUUUUUGAUGACUUGGAGAAUANNGGUCCUUUCUAAUACGGCGGGAACAACUAUCGGUACAUCGCCAUUCAGCGACAGUCUCAAACGUCGCCGCAAAGGUGCCGCAUCUGCGCUGAACAAGCCUUCAGUUGCCAGUUAUGUCGGCCAUCUAGACGUGGAGAGUCUAUCUUUCGUCAAAGAGGGCCUGGAAUACGGAGCUGCUGGCACACAAUCUGUUGAUCCAAUGCCCAUGAUCCAGCGCUUGAGUUUGAGUCUUGCCCUGACCCUCAACUGGGGCACUCGAUUGGGUAGCAGGGACGAUCCUUUGUUCCAUGAGAUUACAGAGGUUGAGGAAGAGAUCUCCAAGGUACGAUACUUCUGUCAUAUAUUACACACAACACUUUCUAAACCCCUCUUANNGUUCAGGAGCACAAGUGGCAAUAUGCAAGACUAUGUGCCGUUCCUGCGUCUGAAUCCAUUCAGUGUCGGGUCCAAACGAGCCAAGGAGAUGAGAGAACGCCGAGACGUGUACUUGACCAAGCUGAACAAGGAUUUGGACGACCGCAUGGAGAAGGGGACGCACAAACCCUGUAUCCAGGCCAAUGUCAUCCAGGACAAGGAAGCAAAACUUAACAAGGAAGAGCUCACAAGCAUCAGCUUGACGAUGCUCAGUGGAGGACUGGAUACCGUGACGACACUGGUGGCUUGGAGCAUUGCGCUCCUCGGACAAAGACCAGAUAUCCAGGAGAAGGCGGUACAGGAAAUUCGAAAGAUGUUCAGCGAGGACGCGAUACUUUGCGCACCCGAAGAUGACAUGAAGUGCGAGUAUGUCAUGGCUUUGGUCAAGGAGUGUCUGAGGUACUACACUGUGCUGAGACUGGCGCUUCCCCGAGCAACAGUCAAGGAUAUCACGUAUGAAGGCAAGCUUAUUCCGGCGGGUACGACAAUAUAUCUGAAUGCUUGGGCGUGCAACAUGGAUGCAGCCGUGUGGAAGGAUGCCGAGGUAUUCAGACCGGAAAGAUGGCUCGAGCAGCCAGACGCACCACUUUUCACAUACGGAGUGGGAUAUCGGAUGUGUGCAGGAAGCCUAUUGGCCAACAGAGAGCUGUAUCUCGUGUUCAUGAGGAUGCUGAGCUGCUUCGAGAUUGAGAAGGGAACCGCGGUGGAAACACAUCCGAUCAAGGGCAGUUCGGAUCCAACCAGUCUGGUAGCGUUGCCUCAUCGCUACGAAGUGAGAUUCAGACCGCGGAACGAGACUAAGCUGAGAGAGCAGAUCAAAGCAAGAGAAAAGAUGGUGGGCGAGUGUUGA